CAAAGAUCGUGGAAGGGAGACUGGAUAGGACACUGAGCUGAGAACAAAAGGCGAUUAUUCUCAUCUUCACAACAGUGUUAUCGAAAAAGUUGUAGGGUAUCCUCAUUUCCGGUUCAGCGUAUUUUUUGGAAGAAAAGCGAAGGUCGCAGUUGAUUGUGGUAGAAAAGAUGGAAUUUGAUUAUUUUGGUCCUGAUAUAGACGAAGAAAUGCUUGAAGAUUCGGCAGAGGUGACAACGAUAGCAUUUUGCAAUGAAGACAGGAUUGAGCUGCUUAUUGAGGAAAAUGAUAUCAAAAAACGGCGGAGAAAAGCGAAGAAGGGCAAUACCGAAUCUGAUGCGCGUAUCGGGGAAACAACCUCCGAAGCACGACUGAAGGAGCAAGAAAAAGAGACUGUCACAUAUAUCUGUGGAGCAGUUUUGUCCAAGUUAAUUAAAAAGGCCUAUGACAAUUUGCAGAAGCCACAAAUAAAUGAAAAUGCAGAAUUGGCACUCAAAAAGAGAAUUGAAGCUUUAAAUUGCUGCAAGAGUAGUCACUCUACUGGAGUUUACACUGGAAAACUGAUAGAAACUCUUGACCGUGGAGGGCUUGUUUAUCCGAAAGCUUCAUUUGCUGACCUUUUUCACAGAGCAGAAAAGUUAUUUCAAGAUUCCGUUUCUGGUGGUGUUAAAAAAAUUAAUGUGGCAGCCAUUGUAUCCCAAUUCUUCAGUCAGGAAGCAAAUGGAAACUACAGUAUAAGAACAAAAUCAAUAUUCAGUUCAAAAAAUGUACCUGUAAACAUGCAGAAAGUCAUAUUAAAAGACAGCAUCAAAAUAUAUGUGAAGUUGAGAGCCCAUGCCCAUGCAAAACAUUUGAUUGAGAACUAUAAGUCAACAUCAAGGAAACAGAAAAAAGAAAAGGCUUUGAGAAAAAAGUUAAAAUCUGUUUCAAAGGACAAAAAGUUGUAA